GUAAUAGUUCGGAUGUUGUCUACAAUGCAUUUUCCUAUUCGUGAUUUAAAUCAAAAGGAAGUCUAAAGAAAUUGAGAAGUUAAAGAGUACAUAGAUAGAUAGAUAUUUUAUUUUCAGGGAUAUUUAAAGUAUGGACAUUGGAAUUUGUCAGAUUGUGAUUUCCAGGCCUGGAAAAGUCAUGGGCAUCAGUAAAAUCUUCAUGGAAAUAUCUGAAUAGCUGCCAUGUCGUGGAUUCGAGAGACGGAACUAAGACUUAUUGAAAGGCUUACUGCCAACAUCCUGAAGGCAGGGCCGAUGCCCAAACAUGUGGCAUUUAUCAUGGAUGGUAACAGACGUUAUGCUCAAAAGAGGCACGUGGAACGGCAGGAGGGUCACACUCAGGGCUUUGACAAACUGGCAGAGACGCUUCGCUGGUGUCUAAACCUGGGCAUCCAUGAGGUCACUGUUUACGCGUUCAGCAUUGAGAACUUCAAGCGUUCCAGAGAAGAGGUGGAUGGUCUGAUAGAGCUGGCCAAACAGAAGUUCAGCCGCCUGUUGAUGGAGCAAGAGAAUCUCGAGAAGCAUGGUGUGUGUAUUCGGGUGCUGGGAGAUCUGACUCUGCUGCCGGAAGACCUGCAGCAACUUAUUGCCAAAGCUGUGGUGUCUACUAGAGCUCACAACAAGUGUUUUCUGAAUGUGUGUUUUGCGUACACGUCGAGACAUGAAAUUGCAAAUGCAGUCAAGGAAAUGGCAUGGGGAGUAGAGCAGGGCUUAAUAAAAUCCAGUGAUGUGUCUGAAGGGCUCCUCAGUCAGUGUCUGUACAGCAGUAACUCCCCAAACCCCGAUCUGCUCAUCCGUACAUCUGGAGAAGUGCGUCUUAGUGACUUCCUGCUGUGGCAGACCUCGUAUUCAUGUCUGGUGUUCCAGUCUGUCCUGUGGCCAGAAUAUUCCUUCUGGAAUCUGUGUGAAGCCAUUCUGCAGUACCAGCUGAGUUAUCGAUCUCUCCAGAAAGCUCGAGAGCUACACAAAGAAAGCCAAGUGCUACAGCAGAUGGAAGCAGAUCGCACCUGUGUGACCGAACUCCUUCAGCAUCGUGGAAAUGGAAAACCCAUGGACGCCCAGAGUCGACAGACAGUGCUGCUAAACUACACAGCCAGUCGAGAAGAGAGGGUUCGCUGCUUUCUCAAUGCCCUUCAGCACAAGAGAGACACUUUCUUCAAUGAUUUAAGCAGCCAGGCUGUUGUUGCUUUGAACUUUUUUUUUUUUAUAUUUACCAAUCUGUAAAUAAUUUAGAUAUGGAAAGAUGUUUCACCCCGUUUUAUGGGGCUGUGGUUACAUGUGUACUGUAUGUUUGUCUUGGAAAUAUCUCCUCUAGCAGUGGAUCACAAAUUUUACAUUAAAUUCAUUUUGAUUGAUAACAGGGGUUGCCUUUUUAAACUAGAAAUGCCAGAAAAUGCAAUGGGUGAAAUUAGUUUAAUUGCACUGUGGCUUUGUGUUUUUGCAGAGAUCUAAACGGGGUUCCCGCACUUUUUGACCAAUGAAUUUUCAUGACUUUUCCAGUCGUUUGUCAGUAUUGGAUACCUGUUUUAAAAACAAUGGAAAUUCAGACUGAUUUAUAAACCUGUCUGACUUGAGAAUGAUUUGGUUACAAAUCAGACAUCACUAUGGCUUGUGAGGAUGUUUUACUCAAGCAAUAUCUAGCUAAUUAACUAUUUUAGAGCACAGCAUAACUAGAGAAUCCACAUUUAACAAUAGUAAUUUCCAUGAUUAAUUUUAAUGACAUGAUUUUCAAAACACAGUUCUGAAAUUCCCUGACAUUUCCAGGUUUUUUUUAGUGACCAUGGGAACCCUGUACAUAAUGAUUUCAUAUUGGUCACAUCUGGCUAACAAUUCCAUUCCUUACAAGGAAAAUAAAGCCUAACAAUAAAAUGUAAAACUAAUAAAUAAUACAUUUAUCUCAAUUAUUUCAAUUUGAGAGUGAGUUCUGAUCUGACUCCUGGAAAGUUUUGUCUUUUUGAGAAUUUCUAAUUAUUUCCUGAUUGCAAGUUACAAAUCUGACAACUUUGUUGACAACGACGUAACACUAUAAACCCUAAAACGACUGUAAAAACUAUGAUUUGUACAACUUUACAGCUCUUAUAAUACAUGAGCUUUAACUGAAGAAUGAAUUGAAGUGCUUUUAUAAAAUUAUACGUUUAUAAGCACCCAUUUCUGACUUUAAACCCUCCACAAAUUGGCUCCAUUGUAGGUGCCUCACUGUAACCUCGAUUUUUACUUUUUCUUUUCUUUUUUUUUUUUUUUUAAAGAAAUGGAGGUACAUGUGGAAAUUAAAUUUGGUGGUAAUCAACAUUAUAUCACAAAUGUUGUUAAUUGACCUUAACUUGUACUGAACCUGGAAUAUUCCUUUAAGUAUACAUUGGGAUUACAUAUGAUUUUUUUGGCUAAUUUAAAAUUUUACGUUUUUUUAAUGGAUAAGUUGAAGUGAACAUUACAGGAAAAGAACAAGUGUCCAGCAUACAUUGGAACUCCUUCAGUACUGUUUAAAAAGCAUUCCAGGAUGCACCUUAUAAAGUUGGUUGAGAAAAUGACCAAAGUUUGCAGAGCUGUAAAAUAAGAUUAAUAUAAGACAUAUUUUGGUCACUUCAUGGUUCAUAUACUAUAGAGGAGGAAACCUGCAAAAAACAAAUAUAUCAAUAUUUAAAUGUGCGAGGAGAUAUACAAAUAAAUAAAUGCACCAAUCAAUGCAAAAAUAAUACAUUAUAAAACAAAUAAAUGGUUGGGGAAAUACGACAUUUAAAGUUGAUUUUUAUUCCACAUUCUAUAUUUCUUCAAUCACAUUUAUUUCUGUGUGCUGUUCUGUAUUAAUUUUUCCUUGGCAACAUGCUAAUGAGAGGAUGUCUGCAGUCAAACUACCCAUACCAGGUGCAACGUUUUUUGGCGGGAGUUUGCAGUUUCACUAUGAUGAAGAGAAUGUCGAUAGCAGAGUUGCUCUGCCAGGCAGCGAAAAUCGUAAAAGCGAGAUCCUUUGCUAAACAUUUAAUUUAUUGAUUGUGAAAAUUCAGUAUUGUCCUUAUUAAUGUCAUAGUCAAGAAACACUUUUACAAUGAACAGCCAAUGGUGUCAUAAAGUCCGACUACUGAUGUUUGAUUGACAUCCUCUCAUUAGCAUGUUGCAUGAAGGAAAAAUAAAUACAGAAAUGUUAAAUUGUAUAUUUAUAUUGUAUUAUUUUGCAUUAAUUGGCACAUUUAUUUAUUUAUGUAUUUGAUUAUUUGUAUAUCCACUCGCACAUUUAUUUAUUUACGGACACAUUUUUGGAUUUAUUUAUUUACAGUGUUGGGUGUAAUGCAUUACUAAGUAAUUAAUUACUGUAAUAAAAUAAUUUUUUUUAUUGAAAAAAGUAGAGAGAUUACUCUCAAAUUUUCAGUAAUUUAAUUACAGUUACUUCUAAUAUAAUUGCGUUAAAUACUGUAUAGACUAUAGAACAAUUCUAUAUAAAACAAUAGUGAAUUUAAAAUCUAAAUUUAACGUGUAAUGUUAAAAUGUGUUUUCUAAUUGAACACUGCUCCCUUAAAUUCUCUGGCCAGUUCAUGAAUAAUUUAUUUGAAAGAAUUAAAAGUACAAUUUCAUGUCUAUCCUUGUAUUUUUCAUCUGGUCGAGGUUGAUAAGGAUUUUAGAAAGUAAUUAGUAAUAAGCAACACAAUUACUUUUCAGACAGAGUAAUUAGUACAGUAAUCUAAUUACACUGAAGAAGAUGUAAUGACUAGUUAGUAAUUAAUUACUUAGAGUAACUUACCUAACACUGCUGAUGUUUGAUUGACAUCCUCUCAUCAGCAUGUUGCAUGAAGAAAAAAUAAAUACAGACAUGUAUAUUGUAUAUUUAUACAUUAAUAUUGUAUUAUUUUGCAUUAAUUGGCGCGUUUAUGUAUUUAAUUAUUUGUAUAUCCACUCGCACAUUUAAUUAUAUAUUUAUUUACAGACAAAUUUGUGUAUUUAUUUAUUUAUUAAUAAAUUUCGUCCUCCAUAAUAUACUUCCAUUUGUGUUAUUUCGUGGUUUUGAUGAUUUUACUUUUAUUAUAAAAUGUGAGAGUCUUGCAGUGUGAAUUUAACAUUGUUAUAAAUUAUUUUUAAAAAUUAAAUUCCCGCUUUAAUUCCGUUCUGGCCAAUAGGAGGCGUCC